AUGGAAGUGGAAUUUUGUGAAAAAUGCGGCGUAAGGACCCAAGUAAUUAUCAACAACCCUAUUGCAAAUUUUAUGAACUUUGUGCUGAAUCAAAGGAAAAUUUUCAAAAGAGUGACUGUGAUUGCGCAUAACGGUCAAGCAUUCGACCAUCAGCUCAUCCUGAACUAUAUUCUCACCAAAACAGACAUCAAGCCAAACUUAAUUAUGCGGGGGACAAAAAUUAUUUUGGCUGAGGUGGGAAAUGUGCGAUUUUUGGACUCGCUAAAUUAUUUUCCAAUGGCUCUGGCAAAGCUACCUAAAGCUUUCGGUCUUGCAGGAAACUUUAAGAAGGGUUAUUUUCCACACUUGUUUAAUACCCUGGAAAAUCAGCAAUACGUGGGUCCUUUAUCAUCUGUUGAAUUUUACGGUCCGAAUCAAAUGAAGCCCGAGGACCGACAUACGUUUUUAAACUGGCAUCAAGAGCAUCAGAAUGAUGUUUUUAAUUUCCAGGAGGAAAUCGUCGCAUAUUGCAAGUCGGAUGUGAAAAUACUAAUGAGAGCCUGUCUUUCAUUUAGGUCGAUGCUUCUUAACGAGUGUAAGGUUUGUCCAUUCACUGAAGCAACAACAAUAGCAUCAGCGUGUAAUAUGGUGUUUGUUCGAAACUAUCUGGAAGCCGAUACAAUCGCCGUUAUUCCCCGUGGUGGUUACCAAAUGGCUGAUAAUCAAUCGGUUAUCGCUUUACAAUGGUUGUUGUGGGAGGAGAACGUACGAGGAAUCACCAUACAUCACGCCGGUACAGGUCGAGAACACAUAGUAGGAGGAGGACUCAAAGUUGACGGAUUUAAUGAGGAGCAGCGGCAAAUAUUUGAGUUUCACGGUUGUUACUUUCAUGGAUGCACCAGCUGUUUCAAAUUUCACCGAGACACAUCGAUUGGAGGAGGUAAAACGGAUACCACGCGAAAUCGUUACGAGGCCACCCCCGUUAAAACGACUCGACUUCGCAACUUAGGAUUUGAAGUCAUCGAAAUGUGGGAAUGUAACUUCCGCACAUUAUUAAAACAGAGUUGUGAUAUACGUGAUUUUGUGGAAAACCAUCCCGUGUUGGCAACAUCACCAAUGAAUCCUCGUGACGGUUUUUAUGGAGGACGAACCGGAAACACUGUUACAUACUACAAAUGUAACAAGGGUGAGCGCAUCAAAUAUAUCGAUGAAUGCUCGUUGUACCCUUUCGUGUGCAAGUACGGCCGAUUUCCUCUAGGACACCCCACAAUUCAUGUAGGAUCUGCAGCCCAGGACAUUGAUUUAUCCACCGUAGAUGGCAUGGUGAAAUGUAAAAUUUUACCACCCACGCAAUUGUAG